GUGUGACACAUUUUUUUUUUAAUUCGUUACCAAAAAAAUAUUAAGUUAUUAUAAUUAAAAAAAAGCUUACUUUAUGAAGUAAGUAUAUGAGUGUAUCAUAAUAUUACGUAAGUUUAUUUGGUGUACUAAAAUUUCAUUACAGUAUUUAAUAAAAUAUUAAAUUAUAAAAAUUAAUUAUAUAUAUUUUUAUUAGUGAUCAUUUUCACAAUUAUAUUACAAAAAUCUAUUAUAUUUAUUUUUACUUUAUAUUUCUAUUGGAGACAAUUUUCACAAUUAUAUAAACACCGUAUUAACAAAUUUAAUUGGUGAUCUCUUAACUCAUAUUGCUAACAACUUUUAUCAGUUACUCAGUUAAUAAAAAGAAAAGAACAACGAAAAUAGAUAUCCAUCUCCAUUAUAAAUACACACAAUAUAUCACCACCCUAUUGAACUCCAUCGAUUUUCUUUCCGUUUUUCUGUGAAAUCUUGAAAUUCAAACCAUUUUGGCUUCAGAAACCGAUGUGCAGCUGUAAAACAUAAGGUUGAAGUGAUCUUGUUUCUACCAAGAAUCUUAAAGUGCAACUUGCUUUAGCUUGGGAAACUCAUAGCAUAGGGUACCCAAAAGACACUGCAUGCUAUUCUAAGGAGUUUUCUUGACUAUCCAUUUCUCAGGCUUCAUCAAUGGCGGAGAAAGACCCUGAUUUUUUCUCCCACAAACUGCCUACUGCUUCCCAGGUGGUGGAAGAAUUGAAGGAGCUAUGGGGAAUGGCUUUGCCAAUAACAGCAAUGAAUUGCCUAGUGUAUGUUAGAGCAGUGGUGUCUGUUCUAUUCCUGGGCAGGCUUGGAAGUCUAGAACUUGCUGGUGGAGCACUUUCCAUUGGGUUCACAAACAUAACUGGUUACUCUGUCCUUGUUGGUCUUGCUUCAGGUCUUGAGCCAGUUUGUAGCCAAGCUUAUGGCAGCAAGAACUGGGACUUGCUUUCACUGUCUCUUCAACGUAUGAUCUGUAUACUUUUGUUGGCAAUCAUUCCAAUAAGUCUUCUUUGGAUCAAUCUUGAGGCAAUCAUGCUAUUCAUGUGUCAAGACAAGGAAAUAACAGCAAUGGCUGCAACUUACUGUAUCUAUUCACUUCCUGACCUUGCAACAAACACUUUGUUACAGCCUCUGAGAGUGUAUCUGAGGUCACAAGGGGUGACUAAGCCUCAGAUGUGGUGUACUUUUGUGGCAGUGCUUUUUCAUGUGCCAUUGAACUAUUUUUUGGUGGUGAUGAUGGGGCUAGGAGUUCCAGGAGUUGCUAUGGCUUCAGUGCUAACUAAUCUGCAUAUGAUGGUGCUGAUGAUGGGGUAUGUGUAUGUCUAUGGGAGGUGGGAGUGGAGAUGGACGGCUGGGAUUGGAGGGAUUUGUGGUGGGUUGGGGCCACUGCUGAAGUUAGCAGUUCCUAGUUGUAUAGGGAUCUGUUUGGAGUGGUGGUGGUAUGAGAUUGUGACUGUUCUUGCUGGAUAUUUGCCUAAUCCAAGGCUUGCUGUGGCUGCCACUGGGAUUAUGAUACAGACUACUAGCCUUAUGUACACUGUUCCCAUGGCCUUGGCUGGCUGUGUAUCUUCCAGGGUCGGGAACGAGUUAGGAGCUGGGAAACCAUACAAAGCAAAGUUAGCUGCAGUAGUUGCAUUAGCCUGUGCAUUUGUAAUUGGAUUCAUAAAUGUUAUAUGGACAGUGAUCUUCAGGAACAAAUGGGGAGGCCUAUUUACAAAAGAUGAAAUGCUUCAAGCCCUUGUUGCAUCAGUUUUACCAAUAAUAGGCUUGUGUGAGCUCGGAAACUGUCCGCAGACCACUGGUUGUGGGAUACUCCGGGGAACGGCUCAACCGGUUAUAGGUGCCCGGAUCAACCUCGGCUCGUUUUACUUCGUGGGCACACCGGUGGCGGUAGGGCUGGCCUUCUGGCUAAAAGUUGGGUUUAGUGGUCUAUGGUAUGGUCUCUUAUCAGCACAAGUAGCCUGUGCUUUCUCAAUUCUUUAUGCUGUGCAUUGCUGCACAGAUUGGGAAGGUGAGGCAUUGAAAGCCAAGAGGCUGACCAACUUGGAGAUGAUGGGGCAUAGAGAUGACACAAGUGAUGAUGAUGAACACAAUGUCCUUUUGGUUAAUGAGAAGGACAAGUUUGAUGAUGUUCCAUAAAGAAAAGUAAGAAAACAAAUUCAAUGAGUUUGGAAUUAUGUAGGGACCAAGUAUUAUUUGGAGUUUUUUUUUCUUUUUUAGGGACUUUUUUUUGUUGUUUACUUGCUUUUUCUCGAGGCAUGUUUUUUUUUUUUUUUUUUUUAAAAAAAGCAAAGAGAAUAUCAUGGUGUCCCAUACAAAAUGUUCCAUAAUUUCAGGCUCUAAUACAACAACAUUUUGCUA